CGUAUUUAAUUUGUAUACGGUAUAAUUGUGCUAUUAAUAGACAGUUUAUUGACAGUGUUUAAAUCUUUUCAGUAUUUCGAUUAUCAGUGGUUUGUUAUCUGUCAGAUAUUGAAUUUAACGUCAUGUCAGUUCAUUUAAAGGCAUACCUAGGGUAACAUAUAUAGCAGAUUAAAAACUACAUAUUAUUAAAAUGUAUUCAAACUCAAACAUGAGGUCAGUGAACGUCAAGUAUUUCUCGCUUUAACUGUGUCUGUUGUUAAGAUAAAUUCUAUUACGUAGUCUUCACUACGCUUGUAUAUGUUACCCUAGCAUACUUUAAUUUGUUUUAAUGGAAACAGGAAUAACACUAGUUUCAGGCAUUUCAGGAUUUGAGCAUUGUCACUCCUCUGUUCUUGAUUAAAUGAUAACCAAUGAACAUUAACCUUUACUUAAACACAAACAAUCAGUUGAAGUUAAUCAGGACAAAGAUAAAAGUGAAAUAAAAAAAGUAGGACAGGAUAAUUAUAUGCGUGUUAUACAGUCAAUCAAUAUACGUGUACUGUAAAAUAUUGAUGUGACAUCUGAAAAAUCUUGUAAAAUUUCAUCUUCAUGGACACUCAUUUUGUUAAAUACUUGCGAAAGACAAAAUGGCGACCGUGGACUACCUGCUUGUUGCAGCCAUUGACCUUGGAACGACUUACAGUGGGUACGCGUACUCUUUUCGCGACAACCAGGAAGUAGUUCAUAUUAACCAAGCUUGGAACGCUGGCACGCAGAAAUUAAUUUCUCAGAAAACACCGACAUGUUUGCUGUUAAAUUCACAAGAAGAAUUUCAUUCGUUUGGCUUUAAAGCUGAGAACAAGUUUGCUGACCUGGCGGAAGACAACGAACAUGGGGACUGGCUUCUGUUUCGACAGUUUAAAAUGUUGCUACAUGAUGAGAAGAAUCUUUCAAAGGAAUUGAAGGUUGUUGAUUUUAAUGGUACUAGAUCUAUGCCAGCACUCACAAUUUUUGCCAUGAGUUUGAAAUAUCUAAAAGAGAAACUGUUGGAAGAUAUCAGAGGUUUUAAAGAUGAAAUAGUUGAGACUGACAUCAAAUAUGUGAUAACUGUCCCUGCUAUUUGGAGUGAUCCUGCCAAACAGUUCAUGAGGGAAGCAGCUGAGGAGGCUGGUUUUGAUUCGAAUAGAUUAAACAUUGCCCUUGAACCGGAAGCAGCCUCGAUAUGGUGCAGAAUUGAAAAGGAAACAAAAACUGUUAUUUCCGGCUUUGACACAAAAUAUAUUGUUGUUGAUCUAGGAGGAGGUACAGCAGAUAUUACUGUGCACGAAGUUGGCAGAGAUGCUACAUUAAAAGAGUUACAUAAAUCGAGCGGGGGACCUUGGGGCGGAACAUAUGUCGACAAGAACUUCUUACAGUGGAUGACGGAUAUUUUUGGUUCUAAAACCAUUGAAAGAUUCAAGUCGGAAAAUAUCGCAGAUUACUUUGAUCUGCUGAGAGAUUUUGAAAUGAAAAAGCGAAAUGUAGAUACUGACAGUUCAGUGAAAUGCACCAUUAAACUAGCCUCAUCUUUAAUGGAAAUAUAUGAAAAGGAGAAUGAACUUACUCUACCCGACAAAAUAUCUGAUAAGGGACUCAGUGAACAAGUGCGAGUGACAGCUGAUAAACUUCGUAUUGACAACGCUAUAUUAUGCGGUUUCUUUGAAACUCCACUCAAUAGUCUAGUCAGUCAUUUACAAAACAUUUUGCAUAAGGGGAAUAUUAUGAAAAAUGUGAGCACAAUUUUACUGGUUGGUGGUUUUGGUGAAAGCAAAUUAGUACAGAGUAAGGUGCAAACACAUUUAAAAACUAAACGAGUUCUAUCUACUCGCGAUGCUGGCCUAGCUGUAGUGAAGGGCGCUGUCGUGUUUGGUCACGAACCUAGGAUAAUUUCGGCUAGGGUGAUGAAGUACACCUACGGAUUUAAACUUCAUCUUCCCUUUAAUGCAAGAAAACAUGAUAAAGAUAAAGCAUUUAUGUUAAACGGCGAAGAGAGAGUAUAUGUCUUUCGGGCAAUAAACAAGGCAGAUGAAAGUGUAGAAGUUGGCUAUAGUACAAUCAUGUGCAACAUGCAACCAAGAAAGUUAGAUCGUACUAUUGUAGAGUUGUACUCUUCCGAAAAGGAUAAAGUAAUGUAUGUUACAGAUGAUGGUUGCAAAAAACUUGCCACUCUAGAAGUUUCUCAUCCUGAAGGUAAAACACUUGCAGAUAAAAAAUUCGAUUUGACUUUCAUUUUUGGCGAAACUGAACUGAUUGUUAAAGCUAGAAUUCAGAAGACUGGCCGGGAAUUUAAUACAGAAGUCAAUUGUUUACAGGAUAGUGAAAAUGAUGCAAGUGGUAUAUAGAAGAUUGUAGUAUCCGGUUGCGGUUGAUUAACUCAUCCAAUCACAGACAAUUUCAAACCUUCUACCAAAAAGUGUAUGUUAUUAUUUUGCAAUAUCUAUUUGUUUAUCCAAACUGUUUUUGUUCUCUUACUUAUGUAACGAUACAAACUCAUGUUUAAUCUCUUCAGCCGUGUAAACUUUGUAUUGUUAUAAGGCUUUUUUUUUAGCCCAAACACAUUUUCAAGUUUUUUAUUUCUUUUUUAAAACAUUGUUUCCUGUAACAAUUUUGUAAUUAAAAUCAUGUAAUUGAAUAAACUACAGUCUCUUCUUUUUUUGGCAGUUAGUACAGUCAUAGUAAUUUAGUAUAUUCUAUAGAAGACAAAGAACUUCUGUACGUAUUCAUUUUAAUUCAAAUUAUUUUUAAUUCAUUGCUACAUAUAUUUAUGAUGAGAACCAUCUAUAAUAUGUAUUUAAUCCAUUAUUCUAACAUUAUUAUAUACAUGCAAAAUAAAAAGAAACUUAUCAUUAUAUAAUAAUUUAUCAAUUUCUUAAGCACAAAGACGUGUCAUCAGAGUUUAUUAAAAGAACAACUACUUUUGGCUUAUUUUUUAUAUU